AAUUUACUUCCGGGACUGAGUGGCCAAUGAUUUGUUUACACAUUUUACAGUUUUGAAUGUCAAAGAUUACAUUUGCACCUUAGACAGCCUUUAUGUUGAUCAUUUAUGAAAUCUGAAAAAAACCACCAUUUAACUCACAGCAAUCCAAGAUGAAGCCAUCAUUUACUGCAAUAGUUUCAGUCAUAUUUCUAGCUUACAUAGCACAUUCUAUGUGGGUUAUAGUUGGUAUAUUCUUUCCAACACCAUGUAAAGAUUCAAAAAGUUGUAUAGCAUCAUACUUAGAUAGGAAACCAGCACCAAAAUUAGAAAUCAAAGUUUAUACAUCUACAAGAGGAAUGGGGGCAAAGGAAUCUGAUUUAAAACUUGUCUGGAUAAAUUCUACAUUUGAUGUCCAUGAAACAGUGGAAAAGACAGUUAAUAUAUCUAUCCCGUACAAAGUGAGAAACAAUGGAACAAUGUAUCUACAUGCCUUUGUUUUACCAAAGGGACAGGAUCCUUUUAAAACUCUAUACGGAUCAUACAAGUACACACCUAUAACUACAUACUCUCUUCCACAGUCAGAGUUCUUCAGUUUGGUAACUGACACAGCCAAGAAUAAAACUAGUCCUGAUAUACCUAUCACCCAUCUUAGACAGAGAGUCAUUAUAUCUAUAAUGUCUGAUUCUAUUCAGUUUGACAGGAUGGCAAUGCCAGUGGAGAUCCAUAGACUCAUAAAACCAUCACCUGAUGGAGAUUAUUUACCUAUGUUAUACAUUGAUCAGUUGGCUUUCCGUACAAAAGAUUUAGUGCCAAUAAACAAAUCUAGUCACACUUUACCACUAACAGUAGUAUAUUCACCUAUAUCUGUUGGGAAACUGAGGUUUUGGGAACAUAUGCAACAAGCAAUAGACCAGUUACAUAGUUAUGGAUUUUCAGAGAAGGACUCAGAUGAACUGAAGGGUAUAUUUGUUGACACAAAUUUUUAUUUUCUGAUGUUAACAUUUGCUGUAUCUGCAUUUCAUUUAUUAUUUGAUUUUCUGGCCUUUAAAAAUGACAUCAGUUACUGGAGACAGAGAAAAACUAUGGUUGGUUUGUCUACAAGGGCAGUUGUAUGGAGAUGUGUGUCGACUGUUAUUAUAUUUUUCUACCUUUGUGAUCAGGAAACCAGUUUAUUGGUACUGAUACCAACUGGAAUAGGAGCUUUUAUAGAGGGAUGGAAAGUUAAGAAAGCUUUCAAAGUUUCAUUUAGAUUUGAAAAUGGAAAACCAAAAUUUGAUAUUGGUUCGACAUCAGACAAAGAAAAAGAAACAGAAGCAUUUGAUUCUCUAGCUAUGAAGUAUUUAUCCUUUGUAUUGUUGCCAUUAGUGAUAGGUGGCGCCAUCUACUCUUUGUUUUAUGUUCCACAUAAAAGUUGGUAUUCCUGGUGUAUACAAAGUCUUGUUAACGGUGUAUAUGCCUUUGGAUUUUUAUUUAUGUUACCACAGUUGUUUGUUAAUUAUAAAUUGAAGUCAGUAGCACAUCUACCAUGGAGGGCCUUCAUGUAUAAGGCUUUCAACACAUUUAUAGAUGACAUAUUUGCAUUUAUAAUCACCAUGCCAACAGCUCAUAGACUUGCCUGUUUUAGAGAUGAUCUGGUUUUUGUUGUUUAUUUAUACCAAAGAUGGUUAUACCCUGUUGAUAUGAAGAGAGUUAAUGAGUUUGGUGUGUCUUAUGAUGAUGAAGAUGGAGAAACAAAAAAGACAAAAUAAAACCAAAGACUUAACAAUUACCAACUCUUUUAAUGUUAAACUGAAGAUCUGAGGUUUUUUAAUUUGUAAAAAAACUUGACCUCAUAAUAAUGGAAAAAUGUUAUUUCUGUAGAGGUUAAAAGAAUAAGGGCCAUAAUUAAGUCAAUGUUUCAGAGAUGGAUUAUUAUCAUUUCCACUAAAAAGUAUUGUACUUUGGCGGACAUUAUCUGGAUUUGGGAUACAUUGUAAAGCUCAAAGUAAAAUUGAAGAAAAGGAAUUUUGAAAGAUGGUUGGCACAAAUAGUAAAUGGAAUGAAAAUAUUAAUUUGAAUAUAAUGGGAUUGAUAGAUUUUGUUUGUUAAGAUUUAAUGUCACUUUUUACACAAUUAUACAAUUUCAUGACGAGGGAGUUUUAUUUGAGGUGGAAACCGUGCCAUAUAAAGGUGAUUUUCACAUCUAUUGAUGUACUUAGACAACACUGCAGAUAUUUAAAGGCAGAUUAAGCCCCCCCCCCCCCUUUUUGAGAAAAAAAUUUGGUUGCUUAUAUAGGGAAUCACUGAAGAGUGACGAAAUCAGCAUUUAUGAAAAUUUCUUGAUCCGCCACUGAUAUUUAUUUUGAAUGCAUAUUUCCGAAAGUCAAUUAACAUUGAAUGUAGGGUGUUAAGCUUUUGAAAAUGACUGAAAUUUUCUAAAAUCUAAAUGUUUUUGAAUAGCAAGUACUUGGCCCGCCUCAUUACAUAUGGAUUGCCACAUUCAUAAAUAAAUAUCCAAAUGAAAACUGAAAAAUGGUUGUUUAUAAAAGUACAAUUUUGUUUUUAUUAGAAAACUGAAUGAGUUGAUUUUAAAGUUAAAUCAAUUACCUAAGAAUGUUGUUUAAAUGUUAAGUAUUACUUUGUUGUAUUAUGUUUAUUGUUUUUGACACACUCUCUGAUCAAAACAAAGGGAGGGAAUUAGGCCAAUAUGUUUCCCUUUGAAGUGUUGUAAAACUAUUAAUCAACUUUCUUAAAAUGUUCACUGUACGUUAGUCUGACAACCAUAAGUGUGGAAAUGAUUGAAAUUUGUCCAGCAUAUCUGCUUUAGGGCGUUAAACAUUUAAAAUAAAACCAGACGUCCUUGUCCUGUUAAUGAUAUUAUUUUGAUGUAUCAUCUUGUUAUAUUGGUGAUCAUGUACCUCAAUUCCUUGCAUCUUUUUCUUUAGCGCUAUUCAUCUUCAUCUGUCUUCUACUAGCAUCUUCUUUAGUGGUAUGCAGCAUCGUCUGUAAAUGAUAUGUUAAUGUUUGAUUUAGUGUUUUAUUUGACAAACAUAUUAUGCCUCAUUGUGUAUUGCAAGACAUGCUUACUAUAGGCACACAAAGUCUCACUAUUCAUGGGCGGAUCCAGCCAUUUUGAAAAGGGGGGUUCCAACUAAAGGUACCCAUUCAAAUGCAUUGAUCUUUCAAAAAAAAGGGGUGUUCCAACCCUCGGAACCCCCCAUCUGGAUCUGCCACUGCUAUUUUGUUCGAUAGUCAGGAUAUUCCAAUACUGUAAUUUGGUUUAUGCAUUUAUAAUUUGGUUUAUGCAUUUAUAAUUGGGUUAAUGCAUUUAUAAAUGCAAAUUUCGGGCUUCUGGCAAAAUACUAGAUCUAAUUAAUGCAAAUGCAAAAUUUAAUGGAAAAAAAACAUUACUGAAAUUAUGAAAGCUAGAUUUCAUUUUUGGGAACCUGAUACUAUUGCAUUUUUUUAUUAAUAAAAUCAUGGCAAUAAAUUCUGAA